CCUGGCAUCGGCUCUCUCGCCCCCCUCGCUAAAAUAUUUAUACAGCCGGAGGGGAGAGCUCUCUCUCUCUCUCUCUCUCUCUCUCUCUCUCUCUAUUCUUCUCUAAUUCAAGCAAGAGAUCAGAAAGGAGAAGAGGGGAGAGAAGAGAUUUCGAUUCAGGUUCUUGCAUCUAUCUAUCUCUUCAUCGGUGGCUUCGGAAUCGUCGCUCCAAGCAAUGGUGAAGGAGGAGGAGGAGGGGAGGAGGAGGGCGGUGUUGACGCCGCCGCUGGCGCUGGAGGGGGGGCUGGCGGCGGAUCAUCGGCCCCCCAAUGUCCUCCAACGCGUCCUCAGCCUCUUCCGGAGCGUCCGCCCAGGAUCCGAUCUCACCCAUUUCCAGCUUCCUCCUCUCUUCAACGUUCCAAAAUCACAACUUCAAUGCUAUGGUGAAGGAGUGUAUUGCAUUGGCGAAGACUACUUAAGCAAGUGUGCUCGAGGUAAGAGCAGCCUUGACAGAUUUGCUUCAGUUGUUGCAUGGAGCAUAUCAACAACACGGCCUGCAAUUUUUGGAUUGGCUCCUUUCAAUCCUGUUCUUGGAGAAACCCAUCAUGUCUCCAGGGGAACCCUCAAUGUCCUUCUCGAACAGGUUUCACAUCAUCCUCCAGUCUCUGCCCUCCAUGCAACUGACGAAAAGGAGAAUUUAGAGCUUAUCUGGUGUCACAACCCAGUUCCCAGGUUCUAUGGUACUAGUGUUGAAGCUGUCAUUAAUGGCAAGAGGCAGCUAAGGCUUUUGAGUUUUGGCGAGAACUAUGAGAUGGAUUCACCAAAGCUACUGAUAAGAAUACUUCCAGCUCCCAGUGCUGAUUGGGUUGGGAAUGUUAAUAUCCGGUGUAAAGAUUCAGGCCUUGAGGCAGAACUUUGCUAUUACAAGAGCCAUUCCUUCUUCGGCUUUGGGGGAAAUUCUAGGUCCGUUAAAGGGAAGAUUUUUCAUUCCAAGUCAUUGAAGACCAUCUAUGAGAUUGAAGGCCAGUGGGAUAGAAUCAUCUCGUUAAAGGAUGUUCACAGUGGUGAUGUUAGAGUUCUGUAUGAUGCCAAAAAAGCCAUCUCAAAACUUAACACUCCUAUUGUGAAGGACCUGAAGGGCUUGUGGUCAACCGAAUCAGCAGUUGUGUGGGCUGAAGUGAGCCAAGCCAUACUGGACAAGGACUGGGACAAAGCUUGGGAGGGAAAAAGAACUGUAGAGGAAAGGGAGAGGAAGCUUCGAAGUGAAAGGAAGUCGAAGGAAGAAGUUUGGGUCCCCAUGCAUUUCUCGUUAUCUCGUACCAAGGAGAGUGAGUGGGAGUGCUGGCCCUUAGAGCAGUCGGUCCCACCAGCACCAAUUAUUCUUCCUUCUUGAGAUAGAAGCCGGAGGCCCCUCCACUUCAUGCGGAUGAAAUCCACUUCAUUUUAUCACAAGAUGGAGCCUGGAAUAUUUAAUAUUAAAAAAAGGGACAGAGAUUGGAACAUUAGUUGAUAAGUGCAUGAUAUUUUAGUUGUCUAUAAUUCAUUCCUUUUUCUAGUAGAUGCUCUCGAUGAUAUUUGAUGCUUGUUGAUUAUUGUAAUAGCUUUAUAUUAAUCCCCAUCUUGCUGACAAAA